CGUCACUACAUGUUCGGAGGCAACCCGGGUGACCUGUUUUCCGGCAACCGGGUGAAUGACACGCGCUUGGACGAUUUCUGGUCAUUACAACUGCACGAGAGAUCGUCUCAUGAGAUUCUGAAUAAUGCGCUGUUUAUGAUCCGAUCGGAAUACUUUUUAAAGAUCUGUCGAAUGGGGAAGCAGAUCGAGGCACUCUCGUACUUGCAGAAUGGUAAGAUGUCUGAAGGUUAA